GCCUUUUGUACGUGCGCAUGCGCCGUUGAUCGCAGUUAUACUGCGCGUGUGCAGGUUGUCUCUCUUUUUCUGUUUUGGUAGAUGGUGGUUGCGUCGUUGCUGUUUUCACUGUGAAACUGGGCCCACCUUCUCUCGAAUCACCAUGCAGGUGUUUCUACGUGCUCAGAAGAUCCACACUCUAGAUGUGACGGGAGAAGAGACAGUUGGGCAAAUUAAGGCCCAUGUUGAAUCCCUGGAAGGAGUCACUGCUGUUGACCAAGUGAUCCUCUUGGCUGGCACUCCCUUAGAUGAUGAUGCUAUCGUAGGCCAAUGUGGCAUCAGUGAGCACUGCACUCUUGAAGUAGUUGCUCGAUUGUUGGGUGGCAAGGUCCAUGGAUCCCUUGCUCGAGCUGGAAAAGUAAAAGGUCAGACUCCCAAGGUUGCAAAACAAGAGAAGAGGAAAAAGAAGACUGGCCGUGCAAAGAGGCGCAUGCAGUACAAUCGCCGUUUUGUAAAUGUUGUGCCAUACUUUGGGAAGAGGAAGGGACCAAAUUCAAAUUCAUAAAAUGUUAUUUUUUCCAUCAGAAACUGACUUUAAUUUGAUUCAGUGUGUUGAUAUAUAUUCCUCUCUUCCUUUAAGGACUGGCCCACUCGAAUGGACCUAUUUCAGAUAUGAAGUAAUUGACUUGAUUUGGUAAUCAAAUUCUAGAGUGUGAUUAAUAAACACUUUCAAGCA